AUGGCAUGGCAUCUGGUGAUGGUAAUGAGUGUUGGACGUGGGACAAAUUUAAAACUGUUUUCCCAUCACUUGUCUGAGCUCUGUGCCCAGCUCCUCCCUUCCACUCCUGCAAAUGACAACAGUCACUGUAGUGUUGAUGUAGCUGCAAAACACCUAGACUUUUUUGCAGACUUAUUGCUGUUACUGUUAGACUGGAAAAAGGAUAGUGUCCAACUGCCAAAGGAAGAUGAGAUUUCAGUACCUGUGACUUCAAGCUCCCCAGUUAAGGACAGUGGGGAGAAUGCUGAUCUUGCCAUUGAACAGGAAGAGAAGAUGAAAGAGGAACCUUUAACCAUCUCAGAACUGGUAUACAAUCCUAGUGCCAGCUUGCUGCCCACCCCUGUUGAUGAUGAGAUUGACAUGCUCUUUGAUACCUGUCCAAGAGUAGAGAAUGAGAAAGAUGAUACAGAUUCAUUUGAGGAACUGGAAGCAGAUGAAAAUGCAUUUUUGAUUGCAGAGGAGGAAGAACUGAAAGAAGCUCGGAGAGCACUUAGGUGGAGCUAUGACUUUCUAAUGGGCAACAUAGAGGUGAAUGCCUUUGUGAAGAGUUUCUCCAGACUUCUACUUGUGGGCCUUGGACUGUUGCUGUUUGUGUUCCCUCUUCUCCUUGUUCUCUUGGAGUCGGACCUGCAAAUCUCUUUUCUCCAUGAAAUCCGUCAGACGCCGGAGUUUCAGCAGUUUCAUAUUGAAUAUUACUGCCCUCUUAGGCAGUGGGUGGCUUGCAAAAUAAACUUCAUUCGUGACAUGCUGGGCAGCUUUUAAAUUUUAAAUAAAUAUGAUACAACUAAGGGCUAUAUUCAAAAUUUCAGUUAGUGCCAGCUUUCCAUAAUGCCCCUGGGGUCAUCAGUUGGUAGCUGUCUUCAUACCCAGUUCAUUACAGACUCUUCAGAUUCUUAAGUCCCCUUCACAUACUUAAAUUGCCCCUUUAGUUACAGACUUAUACAGUCACCUUACUGUAAUCAAAAAGAAGCUUUAUUUUAAUUGCAUUUCAGAUGUCCUGCUCAUCUAUUUCAUCAUAAGAGAUGGGGUCACAAUAAGUUUCAUUGUCCUUAACUUUUCAAUCCAUGACACUAAAUCCAAUGAAACUGAAAGAAAAACUCUUGAAUAUACUCCUUAGUGCAGCAAUCUCUUCUAACCAAUGCCUAUACAAGCAAUGUUUAUGCUGGGUUUUUGUUUUUGGUUUGUUUUUCUGUUUGUUUGGUUUUCUACAUUUUUAUGUGUUUAAAAUAUUUUGGUAAAUUUUUAGCAAAAGACAACUUCUGAUGUUAUUUAAAUGUACAAAUUGGUAAGAGUAAUGCACAAGGGCAUGUAGGGUGUUUUUAGUGUUUUAGCAAUGAUUUGUUUUUAAACUACUGGCUGGAGAAUGAAUGACUUUAAUAUAGCUCUAUACAGAGGGACUGUGGUUUGGGAAAUAUAUAGAAAGUUCACUCAAGUUCAGUAGGGGCUGCCUGGGGAAGGCGAAAGGACACCAAAUACGCAAAUGAAUUUCUGAAAGGCACAGUUGGAAAGCUUGGGGAAGUGAGCAGACCUGAAAGUAAUGAUCCGUCCUCUUACCUGUCAGGUUUUCUUACACCUUAUCAGUGCUGUAGGAAGUCUCUACAAGAUAGUCCAAGUAUGUUUUGGAAGACAGUGAUUCUUCAGUCUAAAUGUAGAUUAUUGUACAUAACAUGGAAGAAGAUAAUAGAGAUAA